AUGGCGGUUCUUAGAACGACAACGAACAUGAUUCUCAGACACAUCCUUCAACCAUACCUGUCAUUUCCUCCAUCAAUCCGUACGACUCUGCUUCGCUCCUCCAAUGGAGGAAUCAGAAUCGGCAGUGUCCGGUGCGCCGCGUCGAAUUCGGGAAGUGGCGGGAACAAGGUGUCGGCUCGGCUCUCUCAGGUCAACCAGCUCUUGCAAGCAGCCGAGGAGCGAGCUCUCUCCGCUGACACCCAGCCCCCUCCUAAGAUCACUUUAGACCAUGUAACUGUGAGUUUUGCAAGAAGUGGGGGACCUGGAGGUCAGAAUGUCAACAAAGUGAAUACCAAGGUGGACAUGCGCUUCAAUGUACAAAAGGCGUAUUGGCUAAGCGAAUGGAUCAGGGAGAGGAUUUUGCAAAUGGAGAAGAAUCGGAUUAACAAGGAUGGGGAGCUUGUGAUUUCUUCAACAAAGACUCGAACACAAAAGGGUAACAUUGAAGAUGCUCUUGAAAAACUCCAGGCAAUCAUUGAUGCUGCUUCUUAUGUCCCACCUCCUCCCUCAGAAGAGCAAAAGAAGAAGAUUGCUAAAAUGGCUGCUAUUGGCGAACAAAAACGCCUUAAGAGCAAGAAGGUUCUUUCAGACAAAAAAUCAUUCAGAAGAAGUCGAGACAGUUGGGACUGA